CAUAAUGGACAUUCAACAGUACGGAUUCAUUCACGUCUUGGUGUUGUCGUUCUCGUAAAGAAGGUCAUAACUGUAGUCUUCAUUGGUGGUUGGUGGGAGAGUUGAACUAUACCAAAGCAGCUGAUGGUUUUAUAAAUCUAUUCCAAGUGAAACUUUUUUCCGUUUCGAUUUGUUUCGGUUUUUCGUUUCCUAUUACUAAAAGUAUAUCGACUUUGGUGAAAAGUGAUGAUGUGAUACGAUUCGUUUACGACGAUGGAGACAUCAAUUUUAAUUUUUUAUUCGGAUAUAGAUGUAAUUAACUUUCUUAUAUACGUUAAGUAAAUCAAGUUACCUUAAUUAUUUCACCUAGAAGGUUCGACGUUUGGAGAACUGAACGCUGAUCAUUAUGUAUAAUUGUGGAAUGAAGAAACAUCAAGUAUUGUAUUGGUUCAAAGGAAGAUUAAAACAUCAAAUAGGCAUGAUGAACAUAAUUUUUUACGGAAUAUUCUUAUUAUUGAGUAGUUCUUUCGUCCAUUCAGCGGAUAACAAUUAUUAUACCAUCGUAUCUCCCAAAGUACUGAGACCGAAUAGCGAUUACCUUAUUUCAGUCAGUAUUCAAUACGCUGAUUCGCCAACUUUGGUUAAUUUAGAAAUCAAUGGUCAACAAAAUAGCGGGGGUGUUUUCAAAGCUACGCAAUCGGUUACAGUUGAUCCAUUUUCUACGCGAAUUGUUCGCCUGGAGAUCAGCGAUACAGGUCCAGGCUCGUACAGUUUGAUUGCUCAAGGAACAGGAGGAGUUAAUUUUAGGAACACAACAACGUUAGAAUACAUGCAUAAGAGUUAUUCGGUUUUCAUACAAACAGACAAAGCUAUUUAUAAACCAGGUCAUAAAGUAUUGUUCAGGGUUAUUGUGUUGAAUCCUACCCUUAGGCCAGUCUCGACGACAUUUUUAGAUAUUUACUUCACGGAUGGUAAAAAUAACCGAAUCAAGGAAUGGAAACGCCAGGUGACAACUUAUGGCGUUUAUUCGUCAGAGCUACAACUGAGCGAGCAUCCGGUGCUUGGUCAUUGGAACAUUACGGUCAGCAUACAAGAUCAGCUGUUCAAAAAAAGUUUCGAAGUUGCCGAAUACGUUUUGCCUAAAUUCGAAGUGUCGAUUAGUACACCUUCUCAUGCUAUUUUCAAAGAUAAUCGUCUCGUGGCCACGAUUCAUGCCAAGUAUACUUAUGGUAAACCUGUUAAAGGAGAAGCGACUAUUUCGGUGAAUCCGAAUAUUUACUCGGGAGUUAUACAGCCAUUUUUGCUCAACCCUAUUUAUAAAGUUGUCCCCAUCAAUGGAAAAGCAGUCGUUGAAUUCGAUUUGACCAAAGAUCUGAAGUUAUCGGAUGAUUACGAACGUAUUAUUCAAUUGGACGUAGCUGUAGAAGAAACUCCAGGAGGUCGUCGACAAAAUAACUCCAUUCAAGUUGUAUUGCAUAGACAUAGAUAUAAAAUGGAACUAGUCAAGACGAUGGAGUACUUUAAACCUGGAUUAAAAUACACCGCUCAUUUGAAGCUGCUGUAUCAUGAUGGUAAACCGGUUACCGAUAAUGUAAAUUACGUCAAAGUGAAACAAUUUUAUUCCUAUAAUGACGAUGAAUUUACCGAAUCGAAACAUAGACUGUCGGAAGAUGGUAUCGUGGAUUUACAUUAUUAUCCUCCUCGAACGAACGUCACUAUUUUGCGAAUAGAAGCCGAAUACUUGGAUUUGAAAGAAUCCCUGCCAUCAAUCGCUGCAGCAGUAUCGCCCAGCAAUACAUUCAUUCAAGCUGUGCUCAAAACGAAAAACCCAACAGUCAACCAGUUCGUCGAAAUCGAUAUUAACUGCACGGAGCAAAUAGAAUUCGUCCAUUAUGAGGUAUUCGGACGAGGAGGUAUCAUUACAGCGAAUACUUUCGUUUUACCGAGGAACAGUUCUAGCGCCACAAUUAAGGUAAUGACCACAGCUACGAUGGCUCCAGCUGCACAUUUCGUCGUCCAUUACGUUAACGACGCUGGAGAAGUUAUAGCCGAUGAAAUAGAUAUCGAAUUGAACGAGCUACUACAAAAUUACGUUCAUGCCACAUCUUUGCAAAAUGAACUAGAACCAGGUAACCCGGCCGAGGUACUUUUGGAAGCCAAGCCCCAUUCUUUCAUCGGUGUAUUAGGUGUAGACCAAAGCGUUCUACUGCUCAGGACUGGUCAUGAUAUUACUCACGAUACCGUGUAUAAUGAAUUAAAAUCGUACGAUACCGGUGACGCGUCCAGUUUACGAUAUAUCCGCGAUAUAGCCGAUGAAAGGUCAAUGCAUUUAUUGCCAAGUUCAUUUACUGCUCAACAAGCCUUCACGAAAUCCGGAGCUGCUGUCAUGACCAAUGCUUACGUACACGAGCAUAACCCUUGGGCUUCUAAAAGGAAAGAAAAAGCGAGUAGUGUAAAUUCGGACCGAGUUAUAACAGUGAAACCGGAUAUCGGCCCACCUGUUGUAUAUAAAUUAGUUACUAGACGACCGCUCGCUGGCCCUUAUGCAUUUUCAAAUAUUCCCACCCCAGCGUGGAAUCACCCGAGAGUUUUUCUUUCGCACGAUGUAGCGGAUACGUGGUUCUUCGGUAACUAUACCGUUGGAUUUGACGGAAAAGCGACGCUGAAGAAGACUAUACCGGAUACCAUAACGUCAUGGGUUAUCAGCGCUUUUUCCAUUGAUAACGUCAACGGCUUCGGAUUGCUAAAUGAACCAUUGAAACUAAAAAGUUUCAAGUCGUUUUUCAUUUCGUUGGAUUUACCGUAUUCGGUAAUGAGAGGAGAGGUGAUCGCCGUUCCUGCCAUGAUAUUUAAUUACCUGAAUAGCGACGCGUUUGUCGAUGUUACCAUGGAAAAUAUCGGAGAAUUCGAAUUCGCUGAUUAUUCCAAUGAAAUCGAGGCGCCAGUUGGUUUAGAAUUAUACAGAAGAAAGCGAAUCAGCGUUGCUGCUGGUACCGGAAAAUCCAUAUCGUUUUUGAUCAAGCCUAUUGCUUUGGGACACAUUAGUAUUAAACUCGUUGCCAACAGCCCGAUUGCCGGAGAUGCCAUUGAAAAAAAAUUACUAGUCAAGCCGGAAGGUGAAACUAUUUAUAAAACGAAAUCCAUGUUUAUCGAUUUGAGAACUAAUACGUUGUUUGAAAAACAACUCACGUUGGAUAUUCCCAAAAAUAUUAUUUCAAGUUCCGAAUACAUCGAAGUAUCAGUGAUUGGCGAUGUCAUCGGAUCGAGCGUAUUGAAUGUUGGUAACUUACUUCGUAUGCCUUUCGGAUGUGGUGAACAGAAUAUGCUUAACUUUGUGCCAAAUAUUGUCGUAUUGGAAUAUUUAAGAAAUACCCAUCGCUUAACCCAAGCCAUCGAAUCAAAAGCCAUUCAAUUUUUAGAAAGCGGUUACCAACAAGAAUUAACAUUCCGUAGAUCGGAUGGAUCGUUUAGCGCAUUCGGAUCAUCCGAUCCCAGUGGAAGCACAUGGUUAACCGCCUUCGUGGCUAAAUCAUUCCGUCAAGCUGCCCUAUUCAUCAAUGUGGAAGAAAGCGUCAUUAUGGAUGCCCUGCAGUGGCUUUCGGAACACCAAAGUAGACUGGGCAGUUUCCCCGAAAUGGGCAAAAUCUACCAUACCGAAAUGCAAGGCGGAUCUACGAACGAGAUUUCCCUCACAGCUUACACCUUGAUAGCUUUCCUCGAGAACGCCAAAGCUACAUCGCAAUUCAGAACGACCAUUUUGAGAGCUACCGAAUACAUCGUGAAUAAUUUGCAUAAAGUUGCCGACGAUCCGUACGCGUUGGCUAUUUGCACUUAUGCCUUGGCCUUGGCCGAUCAUCCUGAGAGAAAUGCAGCUUUCGAUGCUCUAGAGUCGAAUGCUCAAACUGCUGAGAAUUUGAAAUUCUGGAAACGAAAAGAUCGCGAAUCCGAUAAAAACAAUCCAUGGACCAAGGUGCCCAAUUCGUUGAAUAUCGAGAUGACAUCGUACGCGUUGUUGAGCUACGUUAAAAAAGGACUUUACGAGGAUGCCAUUCCAAUUCUAAAUUGGUUAAUUACUCAGCAAAAUGACCAAGGUGGUUUCGCUUCGACUCAGGAUACCGUGGUAGCUAUUUAUUCGCUAUCGAAAUUAGCCGAGAAGAUAGCUUCGAAACGUACCAACCUGAUUGUAAACAUAACCUCGGACGAUUCGACCCAUAAAGCGACGAUUAACGAGGGCAAUUCGCUAGUUUUGCAAAAAUACGAAAUGCAUCGAAACAUCAGGAACAUCAGUAUAACCUCAUACGGUACCGGUUUCGCUGUAGUUCACGUAUCGUACAGAUAUAACGUCAAUGUUACCGGAGAAUGGCCAUUAUUCAUUUUAGAUCCGCAAAUUGAUAAGAAUUCUAACAGCAAUCAUUUGCAAUUAUCUGUUUGCACCUCAUUUGUUGGAGGGAACGAGAGCAAUAUGGCUGUGAUGGAGAUAAAUCUACCUUCUGGGUUUACCGCAGAUAUGGAUUCAUUACCUAGUUUAUUGUUAUCAAAUUUGGUUAAAAAAGUCGAAACCAGAGAUGGCGAUACAGCUAUAGUUUUAUAUUUUGAUAAAAUGACCAAGAAAGAAAUUUGUCCCACUAUUUCAGCCCAUCGUGUACACAGAGUAGCCCAUCAAAGAUCAGUUCCUAUAGUCGAAUACGAUUAUUACGAUCAAACUCGAAGAAGUAGAGUAUUUUACGAGAUACCGGGACCGCAUUUAUGUGAUAUUUGCGAAGAAACAGACUGCGCGAAGAUUUGCGACGGAAAAUUGAAAUUCCAGAAAAGUGAGAAAGAAGGAAAUUCCGCUAAUCUUUCAGCCUCGUGCGCUCACCUAACAUUAGUCUUAGGGUUAAUUUGUUUUUCCAUUGUUAAACAUUUGUUAUGUAACUAAGUCAAUUAAAUUGUUUUUUAUUUA